AUGGCGUCCGAACAGAAAGUGCUUAUUGGAUGUAUUGGAGGUAGUGGGCUGUACCACCUCGACAACUUGACUCCAGUCAAGAAGCUCGACGUCAACACACCAUGGGGCAAGCCCUCCUCCCCAAUCACCAUCUCCUCCCUCCCCUCUGGCGCCCUUAUCGCCUUCAUCUCCCGACACGGCCCCUCGCACACCAUCUCGCCCACCGAGGUUCCCGCGCGCGCCAACAUCGCCGCUCUCAAGCACCUAGGCUGCGAGGCCAUUGUGGCGUUCUCAGCUGUCGGGUCGCUCCGCGAAGAGAUCGCCCCAGGACACUUUAUCAUCCCUGACCAGAUCAUCGAUCGGACCAAGGGGAUCAGGGAGGAUACCUUCUUCCGUGGUGAGGGGCUGGUGUGCCACUCGAUGUUCGGGGAUCCGUUCUCGACGCAGUUGAACAGCGUGGUGGGGCCGGUGGUUAGGGAGAUUUUGAAGAAGGAGGGGGUGGAGCUGCAUGAGGGCAAGACGGUGGUGUGCAUGGAGGGUCCCGCCUUCUCCACACGCGCCGAAAGCCUAAUGUACCGCCAGUGGGGUGGAGACAUCAUCAACAUGUCCGUCAUCCCCGAGGCGAAGCUCGCGCGCGAGGCAGAGCUCGACUACACCCUUAUCUGCACCUCGACCGACUAUGACGCCUGGCGAGUCGGAGAGGCACCCGUGACGGUCGCAGAAGUCGUCAAGACCCUGCAUACCAAUGCUGCCCACUCGCGCGCCGUCGCCGAGGGGCUGUUGCAAAAGGUGCACGACCACGUGGCCGCGGGCAAGCUGGAUCAGAUCAAGGGGUCCAUGCAGUGGUCUUGCGUCACGGCUAAGGAUGUUCAGCCGGCGGAGUCGAGGAAGAAGCUCGCAUACAUCUUGCCGUACUUCAAGGAUUAG